AGGCAGCGCGGCGCACGGCCAGGAUCCCGCGGGGGAAGGGGAAGGGAGAGCGUUCGCCGCGGGAUGCGCGCACGGCUUCCUGACGUACAAAUGCAGAAUGGAGUUUUUGUUCCUUCCCAGGUGCCUAGCUAUCAGUAGCACAGAAAGAUGAGGAGAAGAGCACUAAGGAGGCUGGAAAUGGAAACAGGCUGUAAAACCUGGAAUGCUUGCUCUGCAGGGAGCACUUAGAGUCAAGACAUUGAAGUCUGCUAUGGAUUCUGAAUCAAAGAACAGUUUCAUAGGAAGCUUUCUUCAGCCACCAGAUAUGAUGCUUCCUGAAGCCUUUGUUUAUAUAGAAUCAAAGAAGUUGACAGCUGCUGCUGGUGGCAGGCCUUCUCUCCCAAAUAACCAAGCUGUAGUGGCAGCCCUGAAAGCUCUGCAAGAAAAAAUCUACCGUCUAGAGCUGGAGAAGUCACAGGCUGAAGAUAAACUGUUCAGCCUCUCCAGAGCAGCUGCUCAGUACAAGAAGGUCUUAGAGCACAAAUCCUAUGAGAAGGAUGCAGCACAUCAGGAGCUGAUGCAACAGAGGAAAGAUGCAAGUGUGCGGUUAAAUGCAGCACAAUCCCGCUGCUCCCUGCUGGAGAAACAGCUGGAUUACAUGAGAAAAAUGAUUUCCAGUGCAGAACUGGAAAAGAAAAUGAUUUUAGAACAACAGGCUCAGCUUCAGAAAGAGGAAGAUCAGAACCGGUUGGAACUGCAUGCAAAACUUGAAAAGCUUGAAAUGCUAGAAAAAGAGUGUGUUAAACUUACUGCUACUCAGAGAAUUGCUGAAGACAAGAUCAAACACUUAGAAGAAAAGCUGUGUAAAGAAGAGCAUCAGCAUAAGCUAUUGCAAGAUAAAACUGCUCAGCUUCAAGCAGGAUUUGAUAUAAACAGAAUUUUGAUAUCUUCAGUAGCAUCUCAACAUGAACCUGAAAAGGGAAAUGGGAAGAACAAAAAACCUAGGAAGAGAAAUCCAACAAUGAAGAAAAUGCACCUUUCACAAUUACAUGUAAAGGCUGGUGAACUACCUUUUGUGGCUGGGAAGUCUGUCAGCUCCAGCCAUUCUGUCAGUGCAAACGUACAAAGUGUGUUGCACAUUAUGAAGCAUCGCAAUCCAUGUAUUUCAUCGCGAAGACAAGGAGGAGAUACAGCUGGGAUUUCAGGACACAGUGCACUUUCAAAAUCUCUGUCCUCUUGUUCCACAUCACCCAGGAGCUUUUCAAACCUUCUGUUGGCCUUACAAGAUGAGCUGGGCCAAAUGAGCUCUGAGCAUCAAGAACUUCUGCAGCAGAUACAGGAGACUCAAGACUCCCAAGCUCAUGAAGACCUGGAACGGGAGCUGGAUUGCCUUGUAAAACAAAUGGAGAUGAAAGGAAAACAAAUAUCCAAGCUGAAAAAGCAUCAGGCUACUGUGCAGAAAUUAAAAACUCAGAAAUUGAAGCAAGGGGCAAUUCAUGUCAAACUAAAGUGUGGUGAACAAAAGGAAGCAAAGCAGAUUGCAGUCACUGCAAAGGAAAGUAUGUCUAAUCCUUGUCCUGGGCAGAAAAGCAGAAGUUCUCUUCAGCUGCUAAAAGCUGUGAGGAAACUUCAGCUAUCUCUGAAAAAAGAUGAUGUCAUCUGAGAAGAAUAGUUCUGAAGUUUGCUCUGUUAGAAGUUUUUGAAGUUGUCUGACAUCUAGUAAGUUUUUAGGUACAAAUACCUUUUAAAAAUAAACUGGAUAUCGCAGACGUACAUUCUAAAAUGCCUACUCUCCAGUAGGUCAGGUUGUUCACCUUAGAAUUAACUUUCAUGUAGUGUAGCUAUAAUUCAUCUACACUUCCUUGUAAUAAAGUGAUUUAAUGGACUAAUGAAAUGUUAUUAUUUGUUAACUUGUCAAAUAAAAUUUUAUACUUUUUU